AUGGGGAACAAUAGCAGCUCGACAGUGGAUGAUCUGCAGGCUGUCGAGAUCCACCACUGGUACAAAAAGUUCAUGACGGAGUGUCCUUCUGGACAGCUGACAGAGCAUGAAUUUAAACAGUUCUUUGGGCUUCGAGGGCUGGAUCCAGAGGCCAAUGAGUACAUUGAGCAGAUGUUCCGCACGUUUGAUAUGAACAAGGAUGGAUAUAUUGACUUCAUGGAAUAUGUGGCUGCCCUCAGCCUUGUUCUCCGUGGGAAGAUGGAGCAGAAAUUGCGGUGGUAUUUCAAGCUCUAUGAUGUAGAUGGCAAUGGCUGCAUUGAUCGACAUGAAUUGCUCAACAUCAUUAAGGCUAUUCGAGCUAUUAAUGGUGGUGACCAUGAAACUAGUGCAGAAGAAUUCACCGACCGAGUCUUCAACAAAAUUGAUGUGAAUGGAGAUGGUGAACUUUCUCUGGAUGAAUUUGUGGAGGGAGCAAGGAAAGACGAGGAGUUCAUGGAGGUUAUGAUGAAAAGUUUGGACCUGUCACACAUUGUGGCCAUGAUCAACAACCGUCGGCAUAGUGUAUAA